GACCUUCUUCGCCAGUUCCGGUUGGACGCGGUGGAAUAGUCGAACUAAGUGAGAGGUCUGGAUACCUGAAUUAUCAAAAAAAAAAAAAUCUAUAUGUGCGUAUAGUUUAUAAAUAUAUACACUUAAUUAUACUCUACAAUCACUUGAAUUUUUUAAAACUUCUUAACAACCUUCUAUGUGAUAUAUUAACUCUUACUCCUUAUCAUAAAAACUGCACGAGCCAGCUUAUAUACGCAUCACUCAGAUAACAUACAACUUACAAGUAACUGGAUUGAUGUAGAGAGAGACUUAAAACAAGUUAAUAGAUAUAUUGAGGGUUAAAUUUUGGGGGUUGAUAGUUUAAAAACUAUUGCAUAAAAUGUAAACGUUACAGAGACAUGUUUGGAGCAUGUUCUUGUGGUGGUCAAUUUUUCCAAACAGGCUUUAAACUAUCUGUUCCUCUGUACGAGUUACUUUUUGACAGUAGGUUAUAUCCAUUAACCGGUAAAGAGAGAUUCGGAAGACGGAGACUUGGCCGAAAAUGGUGUCGAGACUAGCUAGCAUUGGCGGGUCGUGGUGCUGAUGCGUGCAGUUUCGGGUUACCUCCUUCUAAACAACAUACAAGGUUGUUUGUAGAUUGAACUUGGCAUGUGCUAUAAGUCUAAAAAUGAAAUGCUGUAAACUAGAAUUAUGAAACAAGAUCUCCUUUAAACCUGCAAGAACCAGUUUCGAAUCUCUUUGUUACAGCUCCAGCCUAAAAAUUAAAUAGCUCUUAUCUUUUGAUUUUGAUUACAGAGAAGCUAAGUGGACGAAACGUUCAAUACCUAACUUCUUAACCGUCUUGGUUAAAAGGAAGGCAUGUGGACGUUUAGAUUUAUUCUAGUUAACAGAACUAGCUAGCACAUAAUUUUAUUUUAUUUUUUAGUAACGAUAUUACAUGUGCUUUAACGCACUACAAUCGGUUUACAAUGAAUAUUUUUGGUGCACUACGUAUACUAUCAUUUACCACUGUAUGCUUUUACGCUUCUUUACUAAACCGCCAAAGCAUUUUUAUUAUAUCAAAGAAGAAAACCACUAUGAUAAUUUUAUCAACAAAAAAAUGUUUUCUAUGAUAAAGAUCCUCCACAAGAUUCGAUUUUGAUGCUUGGCGAUAACUGAAUUUUAUCUUCUGUCCAUAACUAUUAUUUAAGGUGUAUUAGUCAAAAUAUAAAAAAAAACUAUUAUUUAAAUUGCUGCCAUUAGCUACCUACGUCAAUAUUUAUUAGGGUUUUGAUUGAUAAUAAUAAUUUUCCUGAAACUAAUAAUAUCUAUACGGUUAUGUAUGGAACCUUGAAAGGUAUAAAUAGAUAGCAAGGCAAAAGUACGUACUACACAACGUGUAGCAAAGAUUCAUUCACUACUAGCUCAAAAGUAAAACCACUUUUCAUUCCCAACAAAAAUCCAAUACAAAACAAAUUAUAGCCAUGAGCAUGAGUAUCAUUAAUCCAUCUAGUUUCACACUUGUUAUAUUUUCCUUUACGUUGGUCUUGGCUCUCGCUAUGCUUUUCUUGAUAGUCAAGAAACCUAAAGAGCAGCUUCCUCCGGGCCCACGGGGAUGGCCGAUCAUAGGGAACUUGUUCCAUAUGAUCAUGAACCGACCGGUUCAUGUGUGGAUCCACCGUUCCAUGGAGGAUAUGCAAACGGAGAUAGCUUGCUUCCGCUUCGCCCGGGUCCGCGUCAUCACCGUAACCUCAAGCGAGAUCGCCCGAGAAGUGCUUAGAGAAAAACACGAGGCUCUUGCAGACAGAUCAGAGUCGUACUCGAGCAAUCUUAUUAGCCAUGGCUACAAAGAAAUUGUUUUCUCUUCCUACGGAGAGAAUUGGAAGCUGAUGAAGAAAAUGAUGACCACAAAACUAAUGUCUCCGACAACGUUGAACAAAACCCUCGGUGAUAGAACACUAGAAGCGGAUAAUAUCGUCACGUAUGUUUUUAAUCUCCCCCAACCAGGGUGCAUUAACGUGAGAGAUAUUGCCUUAACGUAUUGCCAUGCCGUGAUGAUGAGGAUGAUGUUUGGCCAGAGGCAUUUUGAUGUAGCCGCUGAGGACGGAGGUCUCGGGCCAAAAGAGAAAGAGCAUAUGGACGCAAUUUACCGAGCUCUAGAUUGUUUUUUCAGCUUUAAUGUAACGGAUUACUUACCUUUUCUUAGAGGAUGGAACAUCGAUAACGAGGAGGAGGAGGUCAGAGAAGCGGUUGAUAUCCUCAACAGAUGCAACGACCCGAUCAUCCACGAGAGAAUGCAUUCGUGGAGGAACAAAGGCGGUAAAGAGACUGAAGAAGAUUGGCUCGAUAUUCUCAUCACCCUUAAAGAUGACCAAGGAAUGCCUUUGUUCACAUUUGAUGAGAUUAGGGCUCAGUGCAAGGAUAUCAAUGUUGCAACAAUUGAUAAUACGAUGAAUAAUGUGGAGUGGACGAUAGCAGAGAUGUUGAAUAAUCCUGGGAUUCUUGAGAAAGCCACUACUGAAUUGGACGUGGUAGUUGGUAAAGACAGACUUGUGCAAGAAUCAGACAUACCACAACUCAACUACAUCAAAGCUUGUAGUAGAGAAUCUUUCCGGCUUCACCCAGCUAAUGCCUUCAUGCCUCCGCACGGAGCCCGACAAGAUACUACUCUUGCUGGUUAUUUCGUUCCCAAAGGUAGUCAAAUUCUUGUGAGCCGUCUAGGGCUUGGUCGCAAUCCUAAUAUAUGGGACGAGCCUAACGUGUUCAAGCCAGAACGCCACCUUUCUGGCCAUGUUGGAAACUCAAUGGACGUGACUUUGAUGGAGCCUGAGAUGAGGUUCGUAAUAUUCAGCACUGGUCGACGUGGCUGCGCAGGUACUAAAAUUGGGACAUCUAUGACUAUAAUGUUGCUCGCCAGGCUUCUUCAGGGGUUCGAAUGGACCCUCCCUAAUGACAAAAGUCAAGUCGAGCUUGUUCCAGCGGACAGUAACUUGUUCAUGGCCAAACCUCUACUCGCAUGUGCGAAACCAAGGUUGGCUCCAACUUUAUAUCCGAAAAUACAGGUCUAAAAC